GGCGCGGCCCGGGACAGCCAGGCUCGGCGCGGCAAGGCUCGGCACGGCGAUGGCGGCGCUCUCCGCGCAGACAGGACUGUGACUCCUCCCUGCUCGCAGCUUACACACCUGCCCGCCAUGGCAAGCCCCACUCUGAGCCCCGACUCCUCGUCCCAGGAGGCCCUGUCGGCCCCCACCUGCUCCCCCACCUCUGACUCUGAGAACCUCAGCCCUGAUGAGCUGGAGCUGCUGGCCAAGCUCGAAGAACAGAACCGGCUCCUGGAAGCCGACUCCAAGUCCAUGCGCUCCAUGAACGGCUCCCGGAGAAACAGCGGCUCCUCACUGGUGUCCAGCUCCUCAGCCUCCUCUAACCUGAGCCACCUGGAGGAAGACACAUGGAUCCUGUGGGGCCGGAUCGCCAAUGAGUGGGAGGAGUGGCGGCGCAGGAAGGAGAAGCUUCUCAAGGAGCUGAUCCGCAAGGGAAUCCCGCACCACUUCCGGGCCAUCGUGUGGCAGCUCCUGUGCAGCGCCACAGACAUGCCCGUCAAGAACCAGUACUCAGAGCUGCUCAAAAUGUCCUCGCCGUGCGAGAAGCUGAUCCGCAGGGACAUCGCCCGAACCUACCCGGAGCAUGAGUUCUUCAAGGGCCAGGACAGCCUGGGCCAGGAGGUCCUCUUCAACGUCAUGAAGGCGUACUCUCUGGUGGACCGGGAAGUGGGCUACUGUCAGGGCAGUGCCUUCAUCGUGGGCCUGCUCCUCAUGCAGAUGCCCGAGGAGGAGGCCUUCUGCGUUUUCGUGCGGCUGAUGCAGGAGUACCGCCUGCGGGAGCUGUUCAAGCCCAGCAUGGCUGAGCUGGGCCUCUGCAUCUAUCAGUUCGAGUACAUGCUGCAGGAGCAGCUCCCGGACCUGAACACCCACUUCCGCUCCCAGAGCUUCCACACUUCCAUGUACGCCUCAUCCUGGUUCCUCACGCUCUUCCUGACCACCUUCCCACUGCCUGUGGCCACCCGCGUCUUUGACAUCUUCAUGUAUGAGGGCCUGGAGAUUGUGUUCCGGGUGGGUCUCGCGCUGCUGCAGGUGAACCAGUCGGAGCUGAUGCAGCUGGACAUGGAGGGGAUGUCCCAGUACUUCCAGAGGGUGAUCCCCCACCAGUUCGACAGCUGUCCUGACAAGCUGAUCCUCAAGGCUUACCAGGUCAAGUACAACCCCAAGAAAAUGAAGAGGCUGGAGAAGGAGUAUGCGGCCAUGAAGAGCAAGGAGAUGGAGGAGCAGAUUGAGAUCAAAAGGCUUCGGACAGAGAACCGGCUCCUGAAACAGCGGAUUGAGACCCUGGAGAAGGAGAGCGCAGCUCUGGCUGAUAGGUUAAUCCAGGGGCAGGUGACUCGGGCCCAGGAGGCCGAGGAGAACUACGUCAUCAAGCGGGAGCUGGCAGUGGCGCGGCAGCAGUGCAGCUCGGCCGCCGAAGACCUGCAGAAGGCCCAGAGCACCAUCCGGCAACUGCAGGAACAGCAGGAUAACCCUCGCCUCACCGAGGACUUCGUGGCCCACCUGGAGACUGAGCUGGAGCAGUCACGGCUACGGGAGACGGAGACGCUGGGCGCCCUGCGGGAGAUGCAGGACAAAGUUCUAGACAUGGAGAAGAGGAACAGCUCACUGCCUGAUGAGAACAACGUGGCGAGGCUGCAGGAGGAGCUGAAGGCCCUCAAGGUCCGAGAGGGUGAGGCCGUGGCCUCAGUGCGGGAGUUGAAGCUGCAGCUGCAGGAGCUUUCCGACACCUGGCAGGCCCACCUGUCCCGUGGUGGCCGCUGGAAGGAGUCCCCGCGGAAGCUGGUCCUCGGCGAACUGCAGGACGAGCUGAUGAGCGUGCGUCUGCGCGAGGCCCAGGCUCUGGCCGACGGCCGGGAGCUCCGGCAGCGCGUGGUGGAGCUGGAAACGCAGGACCACAUUCACCGCAACUUGCUGAACCGCGUGGAGGCCGAGCGCGCGGCGCUGCAGGAGAAGCUGCAGUACUUGGCGGCGCAGAACAAGGGGCUGCAGACGCAGCUCAGCGAGAGCCGACGCAAGCAAGCCGAGGCCGAGUGCAAGAGCAAGGAGGAGGUGAUGGCGGUGCGCCUGCGGGAGGCGGACAGUAUGGCCGCAGUGGCCGAGAUGCGGCAGCGCAUCGCCGAGCUGGAAAUCCAGAGGGAAGAGGGCCGCAUCCAAGGCCAGCUGAACCACUCCGACUCCUCGCAGUACAUCCGCGAGCUCAAGGACCAGAUCGAGGAGCUGAAGGCGGAGGUGCGGCUGCUGAAGGGCCCGCCACCCUUCGAGGACCCAUUAGCCUUUGACGGGCUCAGCCUGGCGCGGCACCUGGACGAGGACUCGCUGCCGUCUUCUGACGAGGAGCUGCUCGGCGUGGGUGUGGGCGCGGCGCUGCAGGACGCGCUUUACCCCCUGUCCCCUCAAGACGCCCGCUUCUUCCGGCGCCUGGAGCGGCCGGCCAAGGACAGUGAGGGCAGCUCAGACAGUGACGCUGACGAGCUGGCCACGCCCUUUAGCCAGGGCCUGGACAACUGAGCCCAUGCCCCGAGUGGCCAGAGCCAGGGGGCCGCCACCAGGGGCACCGGGGGCCUUUGGUGGCCUGUACUUAAGGAACUCCACGUCCUCCACGGUUCGGCCCACAGCCCACCCUGAGGAUUAGGUCCAGCGAGGCAGGGUUCAGAGGGUCGGGCUGGAGCCUGAGGAUCCUCAGGGUCCCUGGCACACCCACCCUCCCAGCAGUGUUUACCCAUCUCAGCCCAGGCCCUCCUGGUCUGGUCCCAGAGCUCUCUGUGCCAGUUACCUGGAGAGUCGUCCCCUCUUAACAUCGAGGGCAAGGGAUGACACAGAGGCCCCAGGACUCGCUGAGCAAGACGCUCCCUCCGCCCAGAAGCUUUCCUACUGGGACAAGGGCAGCCUGGCCAGGAAGGGCCCGGAGCUGCAGGAGACCCGAGGAAGACGGGGCCACGCUGGGUGGGUGUUUCCACCCCAGGAGCCCCUGGGGACGCCUGGCCACAGGGGACAGGUGACCAGACCGGGCUUUCCUGCCUGGUGCAGGCAGCGCUGCCCCUGCAGCAGAAACCAAAGUCCCCCCAUACUGUGUGCAGAUCCACCUGGGGUGUGCAUGGCCAGAGGGAACCACCAGGCCUGGGCAGUGCCUGUCCUGGUUCUCAGGGGGCCUGAGCCAUUUUGAGGAAGUGAAGAAACGCCCUCUCCUCAGUGCCCCCCACCUCACAUCUUCCUCUGUGAAACACUCCCAUCACCCGUCUUGGCAGUGAUGAGGGGCCCCCACCCAGGCUCGCCUGUUCUCCAGGGGGUCCCCAGCCUCCACUUCCCUGUGGUCCCAGCCCCACCCGCAGGCUAGGCCAGGCCCCAGGAGAGGACACUUCCCAGUGGGGGUGCCAGCCCUCGCCGCCUCCUGGUCCCUGCUGAUUCAGAGCUGAGACUGGUGCCAAAGUCCAACAGUGUCCCCAGACCGCUUCUCUGGGCUCCACGACCUUCUGGGCUGACCCUCUCGGUGCUCCUGGAGCCGCAAGCAGUGGUGUCACAAGCAAUUUCCUGUCACGUCCCGGGGUAGGGAUCCAUGCUCAGUACCCCCUUCCUGGUCACCCACUCCUCAGUGUUACAAAGCCUGGGGACCAGGGUGGGCAUCCGAGGGGCUCUCCCACACUGCCCACCACCAUUUUGCACACUGCCUGUUCACACUCCACAUGUUGCCCAGGCGGGAAAGAUGGAAAAUAAAGUGUAUUUACACAGUCGCAGACGAGGGACGCUGAAUGAGGCCAGCCUAGGAGUAGCCAGCAGCCUGGUUCCCCAGUUCCUUGUCCCUCAAAGCAGUGCCAGGGGGAGCUCUUGCUCUUGGGAGCCUCCCAGGCAGGACAAAACCAGGGGUGGAGAUGACAGCAGGCCACAGGGGCCAGAGAGGCUGCCCACGUUGAAGUCAGGAAGGGAAAGUAAAGAAGGGCGUGCACUGGCCCAGCAUGAGCCGAAGUGUGGGAGCUGGGCCAAACAGGUCCAUUAGGGGAAACAAAUCAGAGAAACCCAGAUAUCUGAUGAGCCCUUAGCACAUGGAGUCUGGGAAAGAGUGGCUCAGGAGAGGCGUGGGUGAGGAGGGCUGGGGUGAUUUCCCACCUGGGCAACUCAACUAGGCUUCUGUUGAGACACGUGUGUGUGUGGGGGGGGGGGUUGUCUCAGGGCCUCAGGAAGAUGCAGAAUCUGGUGACAUUUACUCAGCACAUGCUCCCUGAGACCUUCUGAGUACCCCACCCUAUGCCUGGCUCUGAGGGGCCCCCAAGUUUAGUGUAGAAAACAAACACCAGAAUGGGGUGGGGGCUGAGUCUGCCUGCAAGUGUGUUAAGUGGCCAUUAGAUGAAUGUGCAGGGAAAUCAGGGAAGGCUAUCUGGAGGAGGAGGUGGGUGACAAGCAGUCUCCAACAGAGGCAGGAACCAGCAGGAGGUACAUCACUGAUGAAAGGAUAGCGUGGGCAGAUUCCUUUGUGGGGCUCCCCAUGGAACUGGGGGGUUUCCUGCAGGGGCACUUGGGAAGGAGGACCUGAGAAGGCUUAGCUUAAGGGACUACAGGGGCAGUGGGAGGAAGGGGGAGGAACCUGAUAGGUGGUGAUGAUGAAGACACUGGUUAGCUGUGGUGAGCGCCCUUGACUGGGGCACAGGCAAGGAUGCCUGGCUGAAGGGGCUUGGGGAGAACAAGUUGGGGGAAGGUGAUGCCCAUGAGUUGAGAGGCACAAAGGGACAUAGUGACGACGCCAGGAGAGAGGGGUGCUGUAACAGUCCCUCAGUCUGCCUCUCAACCUUGGAGAGCUGUGCCUUCCCCCAGGCCCUGGGCAGGUCAGGCGGGUCCACUGGAGGUUCUGCUGGGCUGUCUCUGAACCCAGAGCAGGGGCCCAAGGUGGGAGGCCCAAGAAAGAAUCCAAAUUGCCAAAGGUCCCUCCCUCCCUCCUGUCCCUCCCUCAGCCCAGAACCUGCAAGGUAAGGGGGAUGUGCACUUCGAAGAGCGCCU